AAAAUUAAAUUAAUUUGAAACUGGUCUGUGAUGAACUUCCAACUUCACUGUUCACUUUAUAAGGAGGGAUGGUUUUGAAGUUAAGCUAACUCAUAUGUAACAGACUGUUCUUCUCAGGGUAUGAGUGAGGCAGAGAGUGGUUUUGGUGAGUCAGCCUCCCAGUUCAAAUCAACUAGGGAUUUCCCAUCUUGUUCAACAUAUUCGACUUUUCCUCAAAUGCUAGAUGACACUAAAGGAUCAACAAUCGGACCCUCAUUAGCACCUCUUUCUUUCACUUCUAGAUGUAUUAAACGAAGCUAUAAUGAUAGUGGCACUGUUGUCUGUGCUCACCAGAAAGCUUUAAAUGAUACUGAUCACUUAACCUUACAAGUACCUCAGAUUGAAGAUCAUUUUAAUGUUCUAUCAAAACUUGGAGAAGGAACAUUUAGUUCUGUGUAUUUGGCUUCCGUUAAAACUGAUUCUUCUGUAAUGGUAGCUUUGAAGCACAUUAUACCUACCUCAUCAACUACAAGAAUUGAAAAUGAAAUUCGCUGUCUCAAAAUUAUGGGAGGUAAAGAUAAUGUGAUACCAAUUCAUGCAUCUUUGAGGUUUCAAGAUCAUACUGUAUUAAUAUUACCAUACUUUUCACAUGACAGAUUUAUUGAUUACUUACCUACACUGACUGCUGAAGAGACAAGGCAAUACAUGCAUGCUUUGUUUUUAGCUCUCAGAAAUGUUCACAUGCACCAUAUCAUUCACAGAGAUAUAAAACCAAGUAAUUUUUUGUACCACAGAGCAUCGAAAAGAUUUCAGUUAAUUGACUUUGGACUAGCUCACCAUGAAUCAAGUAGUGGCAAUAAGUCUGAGACAAGAUCUAAAGGAGACUCCAAGUUGAAUAAUAUUCAUGUAGCUGCUGAACCUCUUCGAAAGAGAAAAUUAUCCAGCAAAAGGAGCAGUCGUUCAACUGAUGAACGUGCUGUAUCUAAUAGUGGUUUACUCUGCCCUACUAGGCAUUCGAUGUCUGAAGUUUGUGGUUUCUGUCUGGGAAGAAAUGGCCAAGUUGCUGCUCGAGCUGGUACACCAGGCUUUAGGGCACCUGAAGUUUUACUAAAGUGUAGUCACCAAACAACAGCUGUAGACAUUUGGUCUGCUGGUGUGAUUCUUCUGUGCAUCUUAAGCCAACGUUAUCCUUUUUUUCGAGCACAAGAUGAUCAGUCUGCUUUGGCCCAAAUAAUAUCAUUGAUGGGAUCAAAGGAAUGUACAAAAGCUGCUAUUGCAUGUGGUAAGGAGAUGGUAUGUUGUCCAGAUGUUCCUGCAGCUGAUUUGAAAUGUCUUUGUCACGCUCUUAGAAAAUCUAAUCAACAAACUACCUCAAGACCAACUAAGAAAAAAAGGCCAUCAAGUCCAGACCCAGAAGUAGAUCCAGACUCUUUCCCUAGUAGUGCAUUUGACUUACUAUACAAAUGUCUUGAUGUCAAUCCAAAAACAAGACUGACAGCUACUUUAGCUUUAAAGCAUCCAUUUUUUGAAGGAGUGAGAUGAUAGCAUGUCAAUCAGCAUCACAAGUACCACCUUGCAAAAUUUAAUAUUAAAUGUGAAAUGUACAUGUAUUCUGUAUUAUUGCUAAAAUGAUCAUUUUAUUGUCUGAUUAUAAUUUAAACACAUUCUAUUACUCUGAA